CAGUCAGCGUAGCAGUGCGCAACACUCUGGCCCACCAUGGCAUCGAUGGAGGACGCAGCCGCCAUGAAGGCGAAGCAGUUCGAGGACGACGCAGCUGUCAAGGUCCACCGCAUCCGGAUCACCCUGACCAGCCGCAACGUCAAGAACCUCGAGAAGGUCUGCGCUGACCUCAUCAAGGGUGCCAAGGACAAGCGGCUCAAGGUCAAGGGCCCGGUCCGGCUGCCGACCAAGACGCUCCGCAUCACCACCCGCAAGUCGCCUUGCGGUGAGGGUACCAACACCUGGGACCGGUUCGAGAUGCGCAUCCACAAGCGCCUCAUCGACCUGCACUCGCCGUCGGAGAUCGUCAAGCAGAUCACCUCCAUCUCGAUCGAGCCGGGGGUCGAGGUCGAGGUGACCAUCGCGGACAUCGAUUGAGCAGCGCGGCCCGCGCAAAGCACCCCCCGGGUCCGCCCUCCGCUGGCCCAUGGUGUGCGCGUACGUAGCGUCGGUCUCUGCAUGUAACAUGAACAGGCAAGAAAAUAGACCCGC